CACACCAGCAACAUGCGCGUGGAAAUGAACCUCGACGUUCAACACUGUACAGAUGAUAUUGACAGCAAAAUAGCGGAAUUUAAGCAAGAUUCCGAUAAAAUGAACGAUUUGAACCAAUUUCUGGACAACGUACUAGAAGAGGCACAGAGAAAUGCGGAAAUAAAGCUACAAGAUAAGCUGGAGGAGGACCGACCCAAAAAUGGUAACAAACUUUUAACCGGCAUCAAGCAACAUAGAAUGGUGACGCGCACAAGAGGGAUUGUGCUACGAAUUUUCGAAGCCAUUUGUAAUUGUACGAACUCUGCCACCAUCCCUGGACAGCGUCCUGCGACUGCACCGGCUAAUCUAGGAGCUUCCUCCAAAAACUAAACAGCUACUGUCAUAACUGUCGUCCUACUGAAACUACUGCAAACGAGCUGCCGACAUCGUAAGCCGGUACCAACGUGUUUCUAUAAAAUGGGUUUUUUAUGAGAAAUUGAUAGCAAUGGCAAGCAUUUAUACUGCAACAAAAGAAUAUGACUAUAUUAGAUUUUCUUUCUCUGCAUUUUACAAUGUAUACACAUACAAUAUGAAUCUGAACGUACACUGAAACUGAUC